AUGGCUCACCGAAACGCCAGUCAGGAGAGAUCUAGGGCUCAAUCAAGAAGAGCUAACAAGACUCCUGCUGUUAGAGACCACCGUCUAGCAGCUGACAGAAGCAGGUGUCAGUCAAGAAGAGAGCAAGAGACACCUGCUGAUAGAGACUACCGUAAAGCAGCUGACAGAAGCAGGUCUCAGUCAAGAAGAGACAGAACAUCAAGGGACGAUCAGGAGUCUCAAUCUACCAAUCUAAGAGAAAUGGUGGGAUUUCAUAAAAGUAUUUCAUCUCUCACUUUCUCGACCUGUGAAACAUGUUUGGAACAGUUUCCAAACAUGUCAGUUUCCAGACAGCCAAAUGGAGUCAAUGAAUGCUGUAGGUGUGCUACUGACAAGCACAUUCCUAAGCUCUACUCGUCUGGAAACAACAUAAACCCAGGACCAGUACCACCAGUUACAGUGGAUUUAUCACAAGCAGAGGAAAUGUUGGUGUCUGCUAUUACGCCAGUUAUGUCCAUUUACAGGCUACCCCAUGGACAGUGUGACUAUAGUGGACAUGUCAUCAACAUUCCUCAAGACUUCAAGUCCUUUGCCACCAGAUUACCCCGCCUGCCAGCUGAGAUCAAUAUUGUGGUUGUUUGGAAGGAAAAAGAGAGGACACACAAGGACUUUCAAGUUCGCAGGAGAGUCGUCGAAGAAUCUCUGACUUGGUUGAUGGCCAAUAAUGUCUACUAUCAGAAGAUUGGACCAGUAGAGUUUCAAAGCGGAACAACAUCUAAUGACACUACCACCACUGAAGAUGAAGAAGGGUAUUCGUCAUCAUUUGUACCUAAUUCUGCACCACCAGCUACUGAGAGGGAAACCAUUGAGCAAGCAACUAUUGGAGGGACUCCUAUCAAUGAGUUCCAGACUGAGGGAUACUUCUCAAUGGCAUUCCCUAUUUUAUUUCCUACUGGUGCUGCUUAUUUCAAUGGUACUCAAAUGAAUGGCAUUACAGCUGGUCAUUACUUCACUCACCUUAUGAAGUAUGAUGAUAGAAGAUUCGCUAAGCUCCCUCGGUUUCGUUUCUUUGCUCUUCACACUGAAAUACGAUGGCGUGCUAAUGCCACAGGUCAAGUUUACAAGAGACAACAUCCUGGUGAAGCUCACCUUACUGUAGAUGAUCUUCGUGACAUGAUCAGUUGUGAAGGAGAAAGGUUCUCAAAUAAAGUCGUUCAUUAUGGGGCAAGUCUACGUGGCACCAGGCAGUACUGGUUUAGAGAGAGGAACCAUCUCAUUGCUAUGAUAGACACUCAGGGACUGUCCACCAUCUUCUUCACUCACAGUGCUGCUGAUCCCCAGUGGCCAGAGUUAGCCAACCUCAUUUGUCCUGAAGAUCUAGCAGGCUCAUCUUGGCUACCCAAUGCUCUUAAUGUCGAGCACCUUUUAUCAUCACAACCUGAUCUUGUGGAGUCAACUAAACAACAGAUCAUUGAGUAUGCUGACAACAUAAUCUCUACCAUUAAUCCUGCUGUCCUUCCUGAUGGCAGUAAUUUCAGUGAUGCUCCACCCCCUACAGUUGAUCCACAUAUCUGUAACAAGCCAUACUCAGAAGUAACAGAUUUUGAAGAAGACUUGACUGAUCUAAUAGCCACAUGCCAACAACACACUUGCUGUUCAGAGUCCUACUGUUUCCGUACACGUAAUGGAAAGCAGGAGUUUCGUUUUGGAUUUCCUAAAAAUCUUAAGGCACAAACAACCAUCAACAUCACUGAAGAGGAGCCUGUAAUUCUCACUGCAUGUAAUGAUGGGAUGCUUAACAGCUUCAAUCCCAUUCAAAUAACAUCCUGGCAUGCUAAUGUGGACAUGCAGUACAUUGUAUCAAGGAACAGGGUUGUUCAGUACUGCACCAUGUAUGUCACCAAAAGUGAGACUAGGUCACAGUCUUUGAGGGAUACUUUUACCAACAUUGCUUGUUCUUUGAAAGAAGGUAAUCGAUCACUCAAAGCUGUCCAGAAGCUCCUCAUCAACUGCUUUGGAGAUAGGGACUUUUUAACACAAGAAACCUGUCACCUCCUAUUACAACUCCCCUUGUACAAAGCAUCAAGGAGUUUCAUCAACCUCAGUCUUGAUGGCUCUAGAGAAGUUCAAAACAAUACACACGAGGGAGAGAGGGUGACAGCUCAUUCUGUGUUGAAUCACUAUACAUCACAUCCAACCACUUCACAGUUCAACUCAAUCACUCUAUUGGAUUUCAUUUGUCAGUACACAGUACUGAAGGAGUUAAGUAAUGAACCAAAGAUGAGGAGUAAAGAAUUUGGUUAUAAGCCAACAAUAGUCACUCCCAAAUCAUAUUGUUCGCCAGUUCCCAACUAUGAACAGUACUACUGUCAGUCUCUGAUGCAGCACAAACCAUUCAGAGACAUUAAUGAGUUAAAGACUGGCUUCAACUCCUUCACUGAGGCUUUUGCUGAUUUCCUUCCGUCUGGAAAUGUUCCUAGGAAAGGUAAUCGAUCACUCAAAGAUGUCCAGAAGCUCCUCAUCAACAGCUUUGAAGAUAGGGACUUUUUAACACAAGAAACCUGUCACCUCCUAUUACAACUCCCCUUGUACAAAGCAUCAAUGAGUUUCAUCAACCUCAGUCUUGAUGGCUCUAGAGAAGUUCAAAACAAUACACACGAGGGAGAGAGGGCGACAGCUCAUUCUGUGUUGAAUCACUAUACAUCACAUCCAACCACUUCACAGUUCAACUCAAUCACUCUAUUGGAUUUCAUUUGUCAGUACACAGUACCGAAGGAGUUAAGUAAUGAACCAAAGAUGAGGAGUAAAGAAGUGAUAGUCACUCCCAAAUCAUAUUGUUCGCCAGGUCCCAACUAUGAACAGUACUACUGUCAGUCUCUGAUGCAGCACAAACCAUUCAGAGACAUUAAUGAGUUAAAGACUGGCUUCAACUCCUUCACUGAGGCUUUUGCUGAUUUCCUUCCGUCUGGAAAUGUUCCUAGGAGUAUAUACUCAGGCUACAGCAGCACUUCAGUCAAACAGAGACCACUAAGGAGAUGA